UUUGAUACGUAUGUAUGUCGGUGCCGCGUGCGUCACGUCGCGCCGCGAUUAAGAGAUAGACGAUACGCACCCUCGUCGUUCCCAGUCCUUUUCGUCAUCGCUUCUGUCAUCGUUAUUAUUGUUUAUAACGAAAAGGACACGAAGACGUUAAUAAAUUAAUCAAGUUACAAAUAUAAAGUGUAUAAUAAUAGUGUGAUUGAAAAGGGAACGAAAAAGAGAGAAGAGAGAGAGAGAGAGAGGGAAAGAGAGAUAACGAUCGAACUACUUCGAUCGAGAGUGGUGUGUUCUCUGUGAAUACUUACCCCUGGUCCAUCGUGUGAUCUUACGAAUGUCGCGACGUGAUGUCGCCCGAUAACGAACUCGUCGAGUCGCUAGACCUGGCACUCGACGUCACGGAUAUCAUCGGUUCCUCCUGACAAUAUGAGCUUCCUCAACCAUUGUCGUACUACGCGAUCAUUAAUAAAAGUGUUACCCUUAUCGGUACAGCUGGUGCUGGCAAGUGUCCUAGACAAUAUCCCAGCAUCUGUUCCCGCCGUCGCCGUCGUCACCGUCGUCAUCGUCGUCACCGUCACCCUCGUUAACGUCAUCGUCAAUAUUAUCGUCAACAUCGUCGCUGUCCUCGUCACCAAGCUUCCUGCAACUUUUAAUGUUGCACUUGUCCUUGCUGACUCGAAAUUUCUGUCUUAUUUUUCAAAGGAUUAUUAACCGCAAGAAGAACUUCGAGCUCGCGUGUGUAUGCUGUCGUGCCCGUUAAAACCAUCCCUAAAACACGUGCAACCAUUCCCGUGGGAUUAUCGUUCCUUGUGUGUAUUAUUAUUCGUGUGUUAGAUAGAAGAACGACCAAUCGUCUUUCUCUAUCUUUUUCUUCGUUACGUUUGAUUCUUACAUUAUCGUCUUUUUUUAUACUCUUACUACUUCUUCUGUUAUUACUACGACUACUACUACUAAUUAUUUAGUGCUUCUUAUACAAUUCUCGUUUAUAUGUGCUUGCAAAAAAAUCGUGCAUUUAUUUUCUUCUAUAUUACGUUAUUACUAUUAUAAGAUAUAUAUACACAGUGAGCAACGGAUAAUCGAGCGAUGAUGACAGCGUUUAUGAUCGCCAGCAGCACCAUGGAUCUUUGCCUCAGCACGGUGGUGACAAUGUGCCGCGCUUUCGCGAGCACCUCGACCGGUGUUACGAAUUGGAGCGUUACAAGCUCCAGGUCGAGGACAGCAUCAAGAACGAGGUCGAUCGUAAUCUGCCUUAUGCUGUUACUAACAAUGGAAGCUAGAAGCGUAGAGGGUGCGAAUAUGACAAAUACCUCCUCCUUGUCCUCAUCGUCUUCGUCGUCCUCCUCUUCUUUCUCAUCUUUAUCGUCGUCGUUAUCGUCGUCAUCCUCAUCGUCGUCAUCCUCGUCCUUGUCCUCGUCCUCAUCCUCAUCCUCAUCGUCAGGUGUAUCGACGUUAAAGCCGAUUACAACAACGGAAGUAGUUUAUCAACGAUUCGCCAUCGAGCCAAUGGAUCAAACCGCGGUGGUUGGUAGCAGGGUGACUCUUCCGUGUCGAGUUCUUGAUCAAAAGGGGCCCAUUCAAUGGACGAAGGAUGAUUUUGGACUUGGUGCUGUUAGAAAUUUAACUGGAUACGAACGUUACGCUAUGAUCGGUAGCGACGAAGAGGGUGAUUUUUCAUUACACAUAUAUCCGGUAGAGCUUGAGGAUGACGGAGUUUAUCAGUGCCAAGCUUCGCCAACGAACGACGGUCAGCCAGCAUUACGAUCGAGAUUCGCUCGUUUGAGCGUUCUGGUGCCGCCCGAGCCACCUAAGAUCCUUCAGGGAGACUUUCUCGUAACGACCGAGGAUCGAGAACUCGUUAUAGAAUGCGUCAGUGUUGCUGGAAAACCACCGGCUGAGAUCACAUGGAUAGAUGGGCGAGGCAAUGUGCAGCAUAGAGGUAUAGAAACUACCAAGGAACUCUUCGACGGUGGUCCUUUGUACACGGUUAAAUCGAUUUUGAAAGUGAUGCCACGCAAGGAACACGACAAUACCACCUUUACCUGCCAAAGUCAAAACGCGGCUGAUCGGACACCGCAAAGUGCCAAGUUACGUGUCGAGGUACGAUACGCACCGAAGGUUUCACUAAAAAUCCGUGGUUCUGGAGUAUCGGAUAAGAAACGUAUCGUAGAGGGAACAGAGUUGAGGUUCAAAUGUCGCGCCGAGGGCAACCCCCCAGAUAUGGAAUACAGGUGGUUUAUCAACGAGAAAAAGGUCAUCGGAGAUUACACGACGGAAAUGAUCAUUCACAACGCGACGCGAGAUCUUCACGAUGCGAUCGUAAAGUGUGAAGUUCAUAACGAUGUCGGCAAAAGCGAAGAAACUGAGACGCUAGAUAUAACAUAUGGACCACAAUUUCGACAUCCACCCGUAUCCGUAGAAACACAUUACAGUGCAACAGAAAUCUUACAGUGCGACGUUGAUGGAAAUCCCACACCCGAGAUUCUAUGGUACCAUGAGGAUUCGGAACACGUGGUAGCCAGAAGCCCAAAUAUAAGCGUCUUCGUCAGUCCUGAGACAUCAGGACGUUAUUUUUGCAAGGCUCUCGUACCAGGUUUUCCUUUACUGACAGGUUCAGCCAACAUUUUUAUUCGUGGACCACCUAGCAUAGUGUCGCAGAGGAUUCAGUACGUGCCGGACGAAGGAGUGGUCAAGGUAAAAUGCACUGCGAUAUCAGUACCAAAAGCGGAAUCCGUAGUAUGGAGUUUUGCCGGUCGUGAGCUCAAUUUCUCGUUGAACAAUACGCCGUUCUACGUUCAGGAAGAAUAUACGCCGGAGAGAGUCGUCAGCACCGUCACGUUGGACGAUCCAGUAUCCGCGUAUUUCGGGGAUUACAACUGUACGGUGACGAACAGCUACGGCACGGAUUCUGUCAUAAUCAAGCUGACAGCACACACGUUGAUUCCAGUCGAUUGGCAAAUGAUUCUCAUCAUCGUUGGACUCGUUGUUUGCUUGAUCCUGGUUGGCAUUAUUGUUCUACUCAUUCUACAAUGUCGUGAUCGUAUUAAGCAACCACGACCUAGGACGGCACAAACGCAAGAAACUGAUAUGCAAGAAACAGACUCGAAUGCUGAUCGUUAUCGCGAAAGCGAUAGAAGCAGCAAUCUCUCAGAUGUCAAAGCAGACAUACGAGCGGGUUCCAGCGUUAGCAAUGCAGAAAGCGUUACAGCACUUGACAGUGAAGGCGAAGGAAGUACUCGAGGAGUGAAUGCAUUGGCACUUGCUGGACCUGUUCCUAAUCCUCUUGGUUUCCGUUAUAGCGCAGACUACACGGAACCAUCCUUUCCACCAAAAAAUAACGACGGUAGCAACAAUAACGGUUAUGUGCCAUACGUGGAUUACACGCGGGACUACAUGCCACCAACAACGCAAGGAAUGGGAGCGUCACGGGAAUCCCUGAGCAGGAUACCAUCCGGUGGAAUCCUCGCAUCGAAGAAAAUUGGACUGAGCUCGGCGAACUUGGGAACAUCCACUCCACAAACGACGCCGGUCAUCGAUCCACGUUUUUCCGCGACCUAUGGCAACCCUUAUCUCAGGAUGUCAGCAGCUGAACAGCUGAGGCACGCGCCACAUACUGCAGUGCCCGGAGUCACGCCAGCUCCGCCACCAUAUACUCAAGCGAUGAGGAUGAAUAGCUUAAACACCUUGAAUGGUGCUGGACCACAGGCGCCAUUGUCAGCGCAUUAUAUAACCGGAGGACCAAACGGUGGAGUUGCGACCGUAAAGCGUACUUCGGCAGUGGGAACGUUAGCAACGCACGUAUGAGGCCAGGGGGUCUAUCCGAACUAGAACCAUCGACGACGCACGAGAAGUGCCAUCUUCGAGACUUCUCGUCGUAUUCAAGAAGAAGAAGAAGAAGAAGAAGAAGAANGAAGAAGAAGAAGAAGAAGAAGAAGAAGAAGAAGAAGAAGAAGAAGAAGAAGAAGAAGAAGAAGAAGAAGAAGAAGAAUACUUGUAUCGAAUAGAACAAGAAGAUCAAAAAGAGCAAUGUUGUUUUCGUCAAAUUUCUUCAUUGGAACGUCGUAGGCAUGAGUUAGGUUUAAGGAAGAAGAUAGGAUCAUCCUUGAGAAAUGAGAUAAGACGAGAACGUGUUAGAAUGUUGGAGAAUGGUGAGAUGUUGGGAUACAUUGAUCUCGUUUUAAAGCAGUUAAGAAAAGCAAGCAGAGAUCAUCGAUUACUUGUCGAGCAACGUCAUCUUGGUGACUCUUCGACGUUCCAACAUCAUCAUUUCUACGAGGCAUCGACUUCCUCCGCGUCAGUUUAUCCGAGAGAUUGGAAAAAAAAAAGUAGAACGAGAAGGGAGAAAAUACAGGAAGAACUCUUGGAGUAUCAUCCACGAACGGCAACUAGGUUAUUGACGAAAAGAAAGACGUACGUCGAUCAAGAAGAAGAAAAAGAAGAGAAAAGUGGGACCUUGGGAUACGGUAAAAGUAAAGGAGCUUUCGAGAGGAUCGUCGCGUCGAGCAACUGUCGAGAUCCGAAUUACGUUCUCGAUCAAGGAGGUGGAUUCGAGGGGAAACUUUUCGAUCGGCAACACUUGGACUGGACGGAUGGAUCCUCCUCGAACGGCGGAGGUACCUCUACCGUCGUUUGAUCGUCGCCCUAGGAUCAACCAAGAUUUCAACUUGUAAUCCCAUCGGACUUCGUUACUCCUCGUCGUCGUUUCUUCAAGAAAUCCUUGACGAAAAAUAAAGAGAACGAAACGUACAAACGGAUAUAUAUAUAUAUAUAUAAACAGAUAGACGCGUAUAUAUAUAUAAUAUAGCAUAUACACACGUUGAAAAUCGAUACUUCUCGAUCUGCCUCAAAAAAGGUCAAAUUCUUGAUUCGAAUUUAACGAAAGAAUUUCGAUGGACGUUUUUUCCAUUCUCUCUCGAUCAUUUUUAACAAAAAAAAAAAAACAACGUUUUAUUUGACGUUGAACGUAUUAAUAUGCUCUACUCGAACGCUGUGUGUUUUCGUUCUUCUUUUCGAAUACGAUGACAAUGAAGAAAGAAAUAACAAGAAGAAGAAGAAAAAUGAAGGUAAUUCUCGAAGUAGCACAUGUGGGUAAUGUAAGCAAAAGGACGAUGAUGGUUAGGUUCGGAUUAAUAUCGUAAAAAAGACACUGCAUUUUCUUCGAUGCGAUGAAAACAGACCACUCGGUAUCGACAAUCCACUACUGACAUAUUUUUGACCUCUUUAAGCAUUUAAACGAAUUCGUUCCAAGUGACGAAAUUCUUGUCGAAAUUAGCGUGGAUAAACAACGUCGAGAUAACAUCGAGGAACGACAAUCUCGUAAUUUCGUAUGCUCUUUCUCUCUCUCUCUCUCUCUCUCUCUCUUUAGAAUAAGACUAAUUAGCGGAUAAAGAGCAUUUUGUAAUAUCACGAUUCAUGAUGAAAGAAUAUGUACACACGUAAAAAACAGAAAGAAAAAAAAACAGAGAUAGUAAAAAGAGAAUAAAAAACAAAAAAGAGAGAGAGAGAAAAAGAGAAAAAUAUAACUCCGUAUACUUCGUCGUUCGGUGCAUUCAAGCUCUGCUAAAAAUAGACAUAUAUAUAAAAUAUAUAUAUUCAUUUUUUGGUUUUUGUUUAGUAUUUUUAUUCUGUUUCGUUAUUUUCUAAAUCGAACGUUCCUUCGAAGCCGAUUAAAUUUUCAUUUAAUGUUCGCGCCCGAAUCAUGAAAAAAUAAAAAAAAUUCCAACGGGACGCCGCCGCGCUUUUCCUCCCAUUUCGAUUUAAAUAGUCGACGGACUAAUGGAAUUUUGAAUCCCCUAAAACGAGGGAAAGGAUUAAUAUCAGUCGAACUAUAUUGUUUUUUUUUUCGUUUGUUCUUUUUAUGAUUUGUAUUAUUUUUCCCCCAUCCUCUUUCCCCUCUUCGUACCAACGUUUUGUUUGCUUUUUUUUUGUUAUGUUUUUUUCUUUUUGAUGUUUUUUUGUUGGGAAGAAGAGAGAGAGAAAGACAAAAAGAGAAAGGAAAAAAGAGAGAGAGACAGCAUAUAGCAAAGGAAUAAACGAAAAGUGCAAUACAUAGGAUCGGUUUUCGCAUGGAAUUUGGAUAUUGCAAUAAUGGCCGAAUCAUCGACCAAAACACUCCUCUUCCCCGCCCUUUUUUUUCUUCGUUCUCUCUCUUCCUCCCCCCCCCUAUAUCUACGAAAAGCGGAGCGAAGGUCGAAAAUAUCGGCCUCUCUUUCCGUACCCCCUCGAAGUAUUCAAAAUACGGGUCGCGUCUGUAUAAUUAGAUAGCACAAACUGGUUAGACGUAUAAUUAUGAUAUUAUACAUAGAUAUAUAUAUAUAAAUAAUAUGCAUCCUUUGUCGAUACAAAACCUAGGGCCUAUUUAGGUUUCUUCUAUGGCGCUAAAAAAAAAAAAAAGAAAAAAGAAAAGAAAACA